UGCACGCGCCAUGGAGUGUAUAGGAAAUGGCAAGAAGGAGACAACGAAGGGUGUGGAUGUUAUAUUCUCGGAUAUACUGAGCAUGGCAUCCUUAAAGUUUUCAUCUUCUUUUCAGAGAUGGAGGAAAGCAUGGAGAACCCUUCUCAAGUUAACAGCCUGUUUUUAAGGGUUUGUACCAGAAACAGUCAAAGCAUGUAGAUUUGCUUUAAAGAGUCAAGCAUUAGAUUCCAGGUGGAUGAUAUUGGAAUGCACAAUCUUGACAUUGUUGAGUGGAAAAAGAAGAGAAAAUUACAGAGUGAUCAAUUGGAUUUGCUUAGACCAAAACAUAAAUGCUGGGUUGGAAGUUUCCCUUCUGAUCAUGCUUCAAUGUAUGAUGAAAAUCCAGUUUUAGAGUGCAUGCACAACCACACAGUUGAAAAGUCCGAACCUGAAUCUGCCAAAGACAGCAAUAGUUUUAUUGAAGACUCUGAUACUGCCAUGUCUGUAAAUGAAGAAGCCAAACAUGAGGCAGAUUGUGAAAAUUCAUACUUAUAUGUAAAUAGGGUGAGAUAUAGCGAGGAUGAAGAGUUUGUUGAUGGUGAAUAUGUUCCACCUUAUGAUGAUGCCGAUGCACAAGCUUUGAACAAUCAUGAGGAUGACCUUCUGGGGUUAGGAGGCUUUUCAGGUCAUGAAUGCUCAGAGUAUGCUAAAGACAGCAAUGAGUACCCUGUAGAUAAGGAAUUUGAAGAUUUUCUUUUUUCUAGUGGGGUGAAUCCUAAUAUGUGUGUUCUUUCAUCUGGAAGAUGGAAUGUAAAUCAAGAAGCUCAAUCAAGCUCAAGACAACCAACAAUUGAUCAAGAGUUUGAGGAGUACUUUUCUAUGCUUAUGCUCUAGUAGUGUUUACCUAUAAAGUGAAAUGUAAAUAUGAUUCUGAAAUGGCUGUUGUAUGUGUUGUUCGAAGCUUUACUAGUUAUUCUAAUGACUUUAUAAAAAAUUCAGUAGGUGUAAUAUUUCUCUUCUUUAUUUCCCACCCUUCGCAUCCUUCAUGCAUACAUUACAUAGUGAUGCCGCAGUUCUCAUUA